GUUUAGUCUUCCAACAUCAAAAAUGGCAUUCGCUGUGACCUUCUCCCGCAAGGCUCUGCAGGUGUCCGCCAAGGCUUCGGCCAAGAAGGGCACCGGCAAGACCGCCGCCAAGCCCGCCCCCGCUGCCGGUGUGGAGUUCUACGGCCCCAACCGCGCUAAGUGGCUGGGCCCCUACAGCGAGAAUGCCACCCCCGCCUACCUGACCGGCGAGUUUCCCGGCGACUACGGCUGGGACACCGCCGGCCUGUCGGCUGACCCCGAGACCUUCAAGCGCUACCGCGAGCUGGAGCUGAUCCACGCCCGCUGGGCCAUGCUUGGCGCUCUGGGCUGCGUGACCCCCGAGCUGCUGGCCAAGAACGGCGUGCAGUUCGGCGAGGCCGUGUGGUUCAAGGCCGGCGCCCAGAUCUUCCAGGAGGGCGGCCUGGACUACCUGGGCAACCCCUCGCUGGUGCACGCCCAGAACAUCGUCGCCACCCUGGCCUGCCAGGUCAUCCUGAUGGGCCUGGUUGAGGGCUACCGUGUGAAUGGCGGCCCGGCCGGCGAGGGCCUGGACCCGCUGUACCCCGGCGAGUCCUUCGACCCCCUGGGCCUGGCUGACGACCCCGACACCUUCGCCGAGCUGAAGGUCAAGGAGAUCAAGAACGGCCGCCUGGCCAUGUUCUCCAUGUUCGGCUUCUUCGUGCAGGCCAUCGUGACCGGCAAGGGCCCCCUCGAGAACCUGGCUGACCACCUGGCCAACCCCGGCGUCAACAACGCCUUCGCCUUCGCCACCAAGUUCACCCCCUCUGCCUAAAUUUGCCACCGCCUAACCGCGUCGGCAGCCAAUUUUGUGGAGAGAUGAGUGUGUAACAAAAGGCCUGCAGUC